AUGGCGCCGCCCAACCGGAGAGGUGGCAGCGGCCGGAAGAAGACUGUCAUCCGCCGGAUCGAGCAGAAGGAUGCCCGGCACAUCAGCUACUCCAAGCGCCGCGGGGGGUUCUUCACCAAGGCCAGCGAUCUGGCGGUCCUCACCGGCGCCCAGGUGGCCGCCCUCGCCUUCUCCCCCGGCGGCAACGUCUUCUCCUUCGGCCACCCCUCCAUAGACUCCGUCGUGGAACGUUUCCUGGCGUCGGAGGGUGUGGGGGCUGGCGCGAGGGAGGAGAGCGCUGCCGACGACCGCUUGCUGGCGGCAGAGGGCGCGGCGGAGGGCGGUGCCGACAAAGACAAGAAGCUGCAGAAGCUGCACCUGGAGUUCGACGAGCUACGCACGGAGCUGGUCGAGGUGAAGAAGCAGGCCAAGCGCAACAAGGAGGCCAUGGCCAAGGAGCGCGCCGCGGGGGACCAGAUUGCGGCUUGGUUCGACCCGAAGAUGCGCGACAUGGGGGACGGGGACAUGGCGGCCUUCUUUGCGGCGCUGAUGCAGGUGAAGGGCGUCGUCUCCGAUCGCGCCAACCAGGUUCUCCUCGAGGCGUUUCAAUUCGACGUGAGCCGCAUGGCGGAGGUGGCCCCGCCGCCGCCGCCCCAGAUCUUCGGUGGCAGCACCUUCGAGUUCGGUAGCAGCAGCGGCAGCGCCAACGCUGGGAUGGAGUUCCAGUUUCUGAUGCCUCCGCCACAGGAGCAGUGUUUCGAGGCCGUGAUGGAUACGCAGCAGAUGGUGAUGCCUCUGCUUCCGCAGCAGGAGUUUGCCACCGGGAUGGAGAUGCCUCCUCCGCCGGGGUUGGCCGGCGGCCUGGAUAUGGAGCAGAUGCAGAUGACGAUGCCUAAGCCGCCGGGGUUCGACGCAGGGAUAGAGAUGGAGAUAGACCAAUGGCUUAAUGUGAUGCUGCCGCCUCCGGAGUUCCCUGCCGUGAUGGAGACGGCGCAGCAGGGGCUCGAUCAACGGAACGCCGGCUUCCCGUACUGA